AUGCUGAAGCCGCGGGACCUUGGCCCGGGAGAGUCGACGCGGACCUUCCUGGAGGCGAUGAAGGCGGGCCGGCUGCACCUGGCGCGCUUCGUGCUGGACGCCCUGGACGGCGAGAUCGUGGACUGCCGGGCGGACCGGGGCCGCACGCCGCUCAUGUACGCCGUGCUGCUGAAGGACCCGGCGUGGCGCCUGGCCUUCGCGCGCCUGCUGCUGGAGCGCCGCGCCGCCGUCAACAUGCGCGACGACGCCGGGCGCAGCGCCCUCAGCCUGGCCUGCGAGCGCGGCUACCUGGAGGUCACGGAGCUGCUGGUCCAGUUCGGCGCCGACCCGGACGCGGUGGACUCGCGAGGCUGGAGCCCGCUCAUGUACGCCGCGUCGCAGGGCCAGACGGCCGUCAUCGAGUGGCUGCUGCGCGUCUUCCGCCGCCUCGGGCUGUACCUGGAGCGCGCCGACCGCUCCGGGCGCACGGCGCUCCUGCUGGCCUCGGCCGGGGGCCACGGGCAGUGCGUGCGGGCGCUGCGAGCCGCCGGCGCGCUGCUCCUCGCCCAGCCGGGCCCAGACGGCGAGGCCGCCGACGCCGCUGCUGCUGCGGCUGCUCCUCCCGCCGCGCUCUCGGUCCACGUGGAGCCGCAGCUGCUGCAGGCGGAGUGCUCGCAGCAGCGGCGGUGGCAAGUCAGGGCCGGCUCCGAAGCGGCGCAGGAGGCCGCGGCGCCGCGAGGCCGCCCGCUGAUCCGCAGGGCCACGGCGCCGGACUGCCAGAACUUGAUCGGCUGCUGA